AUGCACAGACGUACUCCAAUACGAGGAAAAACACCCUCCGUUCCCGUCCUCGAUCCCCGAACCCGAAAACUAAAAUUCCUAAACCGAUUCAGUGUUCUUGCUCGUGGCGCUUCCUUGGCCAUCGACCCUCUAUUCCUCUUUGCCAUAACAGCCUCCCCUGGUCCGAAACCAUGCAUUUAUAUUGACGGCACUAUGUUAUUAUUCGCCACCUUGUUACGCACUUUUGUCGAUUUAUUACAUGGCAUGCAUCUCUGGCUGAAGUUCAGGAUGGCUUACGUGGCCAAAGAGUCGCUGGUCAGCGGCAGCGGAGAGCUGGUGUGGGAUGCACGCGCCGUCGUGAAGAAGUAUGUUGGGUCGCUCAAGGGCUUUUGGUUCGACGUGUAUGUCAUAUUUCCGGUUCCGCAGGCUGUAUACUGGUUAAUAUUACCAAAACUACUAAAAGAAGGAAAGGUAGAAAGUGUAAUGACUAUAACUCAGACAAUCUUCUUGCUGCAAUUUUUUACUAAGCUGUACCACAGCUUCUACCUAAUGCGAGGAGUCAAGAAGGUCACAGGCUACAUUUUCGGCACUGCUUGGUGGGGUUUAAUCCUCAAUCUCAUCGCUUAUUUUCUUGCUUCACAUGUGUCAGGGGGGUUCUGGUAUAUACUGGCGAUGCAACGUGUUGCAGAAUGCCUGAAGAAACAAUGCCUUGAAAGCAAACAUUGUGAGACACUUUCUUGGACUUGUCCAAGAGAGAUUUGUUACAGCAGCUUUGCAAAUUUGUGUCUUGCCAAUUCCACCAUGAAGGCCAAUUUCUCGACCUGCAUGGACCAAAACGGAGAUUUUCCUUAUGGAAACUAUGCCUUUGUGCUGCCUCUCGUUAUUAAGAACUCUAACGUUGUCAAAAUUCUCUAUUCGGACCUCUGGGGACUCAUGUCUCUCAGCACUAUGGGCAGUAAUUUCACCCCUACGAGUCGGUCAAUUGAAGUGAUUUUUGCCAUAAUCAUGGUGCUGGCAGGCUUGGCACUCUUUACUUGUCUAAUCGGGAAUAUCCAGGUGUUUUUUUACUCUGUGACACCUAGACGGAGACAAAUGCAAUUGAGAUACAGAGACAUCAAGUGGUGGAUGGAACGGAGACAGCUACCACUGGAGCUGAGGGAAAGAGUCCGACUUUAUGAACUCGAGAGAUGGAAAAGUAUAGGUGGCCAAGAUGAGAUGCAACUCAUGAAAAAUAUGCCGGAUGGACUGAGAAGAGAUAUCAAGCGUUAUCUCUGCUUGGACUUGGUGAGAAAGGUACCACUGUUUGACAACUUGGAUGACCUUAUCCUCGACCACAUUUGUGACCGGGUUAUACCCAUGAUCUACUCUAAAGAUGAAAAGAUUCUGAAAGAAGGUGAACCAGUACAGCGCAUGGUGUUCAUCGUAAAAGGUUAUGUUCUGAGAAGGCAAAACAUCACAAAGGGCAUGGUAACAACCACUUUGAUUGAACCCGGUGGCUUCAUUGGAGAUGAACUCAUCUCCUGGUGCCUUCGUAUGCCAUUUGUAGAUCGUUUCCCGCCUUCAUCAGCAACAUUCACUUGCUUGGACCCUAUUGAGGCAUAUGGUCUUGAUUCUGAUCAGCUUCAAUAUAUAACAAAUCAUUUUCGUUACACAUUCUUACGUGGAGAACUUAAGUACAAAACAAGGUAUUACUCUUCAAAUUGGAGGUCAUGGGCUGCUGUCAAUAUACAAUUUGCCUGGAGACGAUACUUGCAGAGGACUCGAGGUAAUUCUAUGAAUCGUGGCACGGGUAAUGGUGGUAGCAGUGACCAGAAACUCCGCCACUAUGCUGCAAUGUUCAUGUCCCUGAGGCCUAAAGACCACCUCUACUAA